AUGUUAUUUCUAAAACAUAGUGAAUUACCAUUAGAAAUUAUGACAUCCGAAGGAGAAAUUGAACUUCAGCGAUUGACUGAGGAUGCAAAAGCGAUUACAAUUGAACUAAAAGAUUCUUAUGGUUCUUUGCGCCGAUGGGUAAUGGAUUCAGAUCCAGAAGAGAAAUAUUGCGGGUUAAAGCGCUGCUUAAUGCCAUCUGGGAAAAUGUUAUGGCUAUGCGAUGAACAUCAAAAGCAACCGCGCGUUGUCGUAGUUACUGACUCCGUUUCAUCAAGUACUGGACACCGAGACGAAGAAAAAAACAUGAUAAUGACCGCUCUAGAACGACUCUACGAAAAAAUAGCAAAUAAUGAAAUAACGCCGUUUGUCAAACAACCAUCGUCGAAUCGACCUUCGUUAACUUCUAGUCAAAGACUAAAACGUCGAUCAUCAAGAGCUGGACGAGAAGCAACUACAAUCAAACAAUACAUUGAAGUUAUCGAUAAAGAUAAAGAUAAUACGAUUAAUGAAGAUCAUGAGUCAGCUCCUGCUUAUGAACAAGUCGGAGUGACACCGUCUGUAAAAUCAGCAGUCUGCACUGUGAUGUAA